AUGGAAGAUUCAUCGUUCGAAUACCCCAGCGACAUUCUCUACACCCAGGAGCCUCUCUCGGGAUACAAGUUUGGCGGAUAUCAUCCCGUCCGUAUCGGUGAUACUUUCAAAGAUAACCGCUACACUAUACAUCACAAACUCACGUGGGGAGGUUUCUCCACCGUCUGGCUUGCCCAUGACAAUUUGCGACACCGAUGGGUCUCCUUGAAGAUCAAAACCGCAGACACUUCGUACAGUUCUCAAGAGCUCCUAAACCUCCAGCAAUUGGAGAAGAUUGCCGCUCCGGACGAUCUCUCGUCCAAGUACAUUCUCCACCUGCUGGACGCUUUCAUCCAGCCCGGCCCCAACGGCAUUCACCAAUGCCUGGUGUUCGAGCUGAUCGGUCCUACCAUCGAUCGCAUCAUCACUGACUACCGUGAGCUUUCGGAUUCUCUUGAUCCGCAGACCAUUCUCCGCUUGUCGAGACAGCUCCUCAAGGCUAUCGAAUUGGUCCAUAAUGCCGGGGUGGGGCAGAUAGACAUCAGCGGCAGAAAUAUCGUCUUCAGCGGUAGGAACCUGUCCUAUGCAUCGGAGAAGAUCAUCUUUGCGGUCUUUGGCUCGCCCGAGCACGAACCAGUGACCCACCUCGAUGGCACUCCGCUGCACAAAGGCUUCCCAGCGGCUCUGUUUGGACCGGUGAGUUGGGAGGACUGGCUAGAGGAGUUUGCCGAGGAGCUCCGCAUCUUCGACCUCGGAGAGGGCUUUGCACAAGAAGAGAAGUCGAGGAUACUCGCGCAACCGGGUCCUUCGCGGGCUCCAGAGCUGAUUUUCACGGGGAGGUCUGAUCACAGGACUGAUCUAUGGCAUACGGGCUGCAUGCUGUUCUUCUUUGUGUUCGGAACAUACCCUUUUGACUCCGAUGUAGAAGAUAUGGUAGUGGUCGAGCAGAUGAUUGACCUCCUGGGUGAGUUACCCCAGGAAUGGCAACCUACCUGGGACCGUAUGCGCGCGGAAGCUGGCGAUAUGAUGGAUUUCCAAGGUAAGAUCUUACAACCACUACUUAAUAAUGCACCUCUUCAUCAGCAUGCUGAUCUCCAAAUAAUAGGUGACGAGGUCUUCACCCUGGAGGACCGCUUCGAUAAGGAAGUGGCCGAGCCAGAGCUCGCUCCUCUUAUCCCGAUCAUCCGAGCAAUGCUGGAGUUUCGGCCUUCGGAGCGCAUUACAGCUCCGCAAGCCCUUGGUCUUUUAGGAAGUCAGGGACAGUGA